GGAAGUUGAUAAAUAGAGUUGCAUGCGAGUAUUUCGACCUUAUUUCAUCAGUGGAGUUGUGUCACUACCGGAGUAUAAUAAAUGGCAGAAAAGGACCCAGUAAAAGUGCUAAAGGAUGAAGUUCCUCUUUCCCCAAAGGUCAAAGUUCAUUCUACAGACAAAGACCAAUCUCAGCAACAAGGAAGUUCAAAAAAGAAAGAUAAAAAGAAAGACAAAAAACCUUUGUCACCACGGAAUGGCAACAAAGGUCAAGGUCAGACAGACAAAGGUCAAGGCCAUCCAGACAAAAGUCAAACUCAAGUACCUGUAGACAAAGGUAAAGACCAAAGUGAUAAAGGUCAGGGUCAAUCAGAGGAUGGAACUCCACAAAAAUCAAAGGCAGAACUAAAAGCAGAAAGAAGGGCUAUACAGGAAGCACAGAGAGCAGCAAAACUAGCAGCAAAAUCUGCUUCAACAGGAAAGGACGGUGGCCAGGCAGUAUCAGCAACGCCACCCCCUGUCACAAAGAAGGAACCAAAACGAGUGCCAGACCACCUCAAGGCGGAUGAUGCAGAAAUCCAAAAAAAGCUCGCCAAGAAAUUGGAAAAACAACAGAUACCACAGAGGACUUCUACGCAGCGCAAAGUCCGACUUUUCAAUCAUCUACAUCAAUAUGAACGCCAGUCGUCCUUAACAAACUCCCUCAAAUUUUCUACCAGUAGUAGUAUCCAUCCUGCUAUAGUCAAACUGGGUGUCCAGUACGCCGAGGGAAUCAUCACCGGAUCCAACGCCCGAUGUCUCGCCAUGUUAGCUGCGUUUAAACAGGUAGUAACUGACUAUGUUACGCCUCAACAGAAAGAGCUAUCCAGAGACUUAGAGGCACGCAUCAAACCCUACAUCAGUUUCCUGAACCAGUGUCGGCUGAUAUCAGUUAGUAUGGGCAAUGCCAUUAAAUACCUAAAAUGGAACAUUUCACAUAUACCACGGGAUAGCUCUGAAAUUGAGGCAAAGAAAGCCUUAACCGAAUGUAUUGACAGAUUUGUAAGAGAGAAAAUUUUGCUUGCUGGGGAUGGCAUUUCUAAAUAUGUAAAGGAUGAGAAGAAGAUCGCUGAUGGAGAUGUUAUAGUAGUGUUUGGGAGCUCCUCACUGGUGAAGAAGGUAUUAUGUGAUGCCCAUAGAAGAAUGAUAAAGUUCGGAGUCAUCGUUGUGGACGGUCAACCCAGAAUGGAAGGCCGAGAGAUGUUAAGAAAACUUGUAAGGUGUGGCAUCAAGUGUUCCUAUGUUCUGAUGAAUGCAGCGUCCUACGUAAUGCAAGAGGCGACCAAGGUGUUUCUAGGCGCUCAUGCGUUGUUAGCCAACGGAUGUGUCAUGUCCCGAGUAGGCUCUUCGCUUAUAGCUCUCAUCGCUAAGUCAUAUAACAUACCAGUUCUCGUCUGUUGUGAGACCUACAAGUUCUGCGAGAGGGGACAAACCGACUCUUUUGUAUUCAAUGAACUCGGUGACCCUGAAGAUCUGGUUUCCAUCGGUAACAAGACUCAAUACCUGACACAGUGGCGAGAUCACGCGUCCUUGACCUUGCUUAACCUCGUGUAUGAUGUUAUGCCGCAGGAAUUUGUUUCUUUAGUGAUUACAGAGCUCGGACUCAUUCCUUGUACAUCUGUGCCAGUAGUUCUUAGGAUGCAGCAAAUAGAGACCAAUGAAACUUGAGGACACAAAACUCUCCCAGCCAAUCAAAUGUGAUAUAACAACAUUGACCUGACUCUGUCAUUUUUAGCUCACCUGGCCCAAAGGUCCAAGUGAGCUUAUGCCGUGGUGCGGCGUUCGUCUGUCGUCCAGCUUCAAUAUUUUCAGGUCACAGGGGUCAAUUGUCUUAAACAAUCUUAAAAUAACCUCUUCUGAAUAACCAAAAUGCCCAGGGUGAUGA